AUGCUUCUUGUCAGAAUGACAUUCCUACAGCUACUGUCCAGGAAACCUGGGAAACUGGGAAUACUUUUUCAAACACCUUUUUGCCAAAAGCAAUUCCCGUAUUUGUGUCUGGCCACCUCCACUUGUCUUUAUAGUAAGAAGAAAAAAGUGAAUAGUUAUGAACAAGUUGACCAAGAAAAAUACAAGAACUUGGUCUACUCCGUUACAUCUUACAAAACCAGCGCUCAAACACCAGAGACAAUACUUGAAGAAGACAAUUUGUUAUAUGGGCCACCGGAUAAACACAGACCUCCAGUUAAAGCUGAAACAAAAACUCCCAAGAACUGGGUUCCUUUAAUAAACCCCAACAAGAGCAUUCCCCUUCUCAACAGUGAGUCAAACCUCCCCAUGAAAAUCUCUUUACAAAAAACAAAAAUGCCCAGUGUUACUCGUAUUCUUCAACAGACUAUGUCUCCGCAGCAAGCCUUUUAUCUAGAAAGAUGGAAGCAGAAAAUGAUACAGGAACUUGGAAAAGAUGGUUUUGCAGAGUAUACUAAAAAUCUUUUUCUCCAAGGAGAGCUCUUUCAUGCAGCUUUGGAAUCUAUAUUUCUGCCUGAGGAGAUGGCAACUAAGGAGCAGAGAGAAGAUGUUGCUAUUUCUGGCUACUUAUCAAGUGUGCAACAUGUCUUAAAAGAUAUCAGCGAAGUGAAAGCCCUGGAAAGUGCUGUUCAGCAUGAGACUCUUCAGUAUCUGGGCCUGGUAGACUGCGUGGCUAAGUAUCGAGGCCAGUUGUGUGUGAUCGACUGGAAAACUUCAGAGAAACCAAAGCCAUCUCUGAAGAAUACUUUUGACAACCCAUUGCAGGUUGCAGCAUAUAUUGGAGCCAUAAAUCAUGAUGCCAAUUAUGACUUCCAGGUUAGCUGUGGACUCAUUGUGGUUGCCUACAAGAACGGCUCCCCUGCGCAUCCGCAUUUCAUGGAUCCUGAGCUGUGCUCACAGUACUGGAAUAAGUGGCUUUUGCGCCUUGAAGAGUACGUGGACAAAAACUGACCCAAACUAAGCUAUGCUGAAGCCAGUGGUCUGAGCGCAGAGACAAAGCAAGAAUCCUUUGUUUAAAUCUUCCAUUUGAAUACAUUUUAUUUUUUCAGUAACUUUGGCUCAUUUCUUAAUAUCAGGGUUUUUUUCCCU